AAUGGAAAAACAGUAUUUCAGCAUAAGACCCUUAUUGUUCUCAAUUUCAUAAACUUCCGGUGAAGCUUGUGAGGAAAAAGUUGGCAGGUCUAAAACUUACACAGAAUGGUGUGGUAACAACUGAUGCAGAUGCAAAACCAUUCAGGACAUCCCAUGUCAAUGAUGGGACCGGGAGGACCAGGAAAUGGGCCCCAAAUGUCAGGCCCCUCAAUGUCCAUGGCAGGGGGAGGACCAAUGAUGGCUGGACCACAUAUGAGUGGUGUUGGGCCAAUGUCAGUCAGUGGACCGUCAAUGUCAGGGCCUCCCAUGUCCAUGAUGUCAGGCCCUGGUAAUGGACCACCCAUGGCUAUGAUGUCUGGGCCAGGAAAUGGCCCAAUGCAUAUGGGCCCUGGAGGUCCUGGCAAUGGGCCAAUGCAUAUGAUGGGACCAGGAAAUGUACCUAUGUCAAUGGCAGGGCCAGGAGGUGGACCCAUGCAAAUGCAAAUGUCUGGUCCUAAUGGACCCAUGCAGAUGUCAGGACCAAAUGGACCAAUGCAAAUGCAAGGUCACAAUGGGCAAAUGCCUAUGUCUCACUCUGGUCCUGGUGGAAAUAUGCCAGAUCCCAGAUCGACUCAUCCCAUGUCAAGUCCUAGGGGAGGAGGUGGGCCCAUGCACAUGGGACCUGGGGGUCCACAGUCCAUGGGGAAAAUUUAUCCACCCAAUCAAUCCAUGGUAUUCAAUCCAGCAAAUCCAAAUGCCCCUCCCAUUUAUCCAUGUGGAGUGUGCCAUAAGGAAGUUCAUGAGAAUGACCAAGCAAUUCUGUGUGAGAGUGGUUGUAAUUUUUGGUUUCAUCGGAUGUGUGCCGGAUUAACAGAGCCUGCUUUCAUCAUGCUUACACAAGAGGUCUAUGCUGAAUGGGUCUGUGACAAGUGUUUAAACAAUAAAAACAUUCCUCUUAUAAAGAUGAAACCCUAGUUAUACAGACUUCACUGAUUUUGAUCAUCAACUUGUCAUCAUAUUGUCUAUAGAUUUGUAAAGUGUGAUAUAUUUCUUUUUGUGAACAAAAAUUAAGAUUUUUUGAGAAAAAAGAAUUUGUAGAGGACUUUUAAAAAUCGUUUCUUGAUAGAGAUCUGAAAUGCUAUCCAUGCUGCCCCAAAAUCUUAAAGAGUAACUAUACACAUACAUGUAAUUUUGUCUUAGUUUUCCUCUGUUAUAUGAUAUCAUAGAAACUCAUUGAUUUAUACAUGUAAAAUAUGAAUAUUAUAUUUAGAUGCAUAUACAAUAUUGGCUGUUGAUAAUAGAAUCUCAUUUAAAUUGUGUCAUUCCUUGAAUCAGUUUUACAGUUAUAUAGAAAUGUUGAAAUACAUGAUAAUUCAUAGCUACUCUUUAAAAGUUUGAUUUAUAUAUAAAAUAUAAAUUUAUUCAACUUGCUGAUUGAAGUUUACAAUAUUGAAGACGUUAGAGAUUCAUUGUAUGAAUUUGUUAUACAACAACCUUUUACAUUUCCUCCAGAAGGUUGCAACAGGUAUUUAGAUUUAGAGUGGAAAUAGAAUUGAUAUCAUUUAUAUUUUAGUAGAAAGCUUAAAAGAUAUUUUACUUGAAAUUGAGAGAGGUUUUUUUUAUUUCAAGAGAAUUAAGUCUCAUUUUUUAUUACACUAACUCGAAACUGUACAGUACUUUAUAAUCAUCAUCCACUGUUUUGUAAGACACUUUACCAUUUUUGAGUUAAAACAAGAUAUCAUAUUUUAUUUUCGGAAGAAUUAUAUGUUAUAUUUCACCUGGUUUAGAGUUUAUUACAGACAAUUUUUAUGUGUAAUGAAUGACUUACUUUUAUAAAUGAAGAUUAGCAUAAUAGAUUAUUUUGUAUUUAGUUUUAGAAACAUUAUUUUAGAAUUGAAAAUAAAUUUUACAUAUUGGGUUGUAUAUCUGCACAUGUUUAAUGUUUAAUAUCACCUUUACUUGUGCAGCUCAAUUGUUGCAGCUUCAAGUAUACAUUUAUCAAACAAUCACAUAAUGAUAUCAUAUCACAAAAGUUACUGUAUUUACAAUUCAAUUUUUGAAUGUUCUUUGUAGUAUUAAGGCGCAAACUAUGGAAAACCAGUUUGAAAACUUUAAAAAUGUUAUUAUUCAAUAUUGAUUUGUUGUCAAUAUGGUAUUCAUAUGUACCAAAUAUUAACACAUGAACCAUAUGAUCAUAAAAUUUAUGUGCCAUAAAUCAGGAAUAAUAUGAUUUGAAUAUGCUAGAGCAGAGUUGUAAAAUAGAGAAAUUUCAUAAUUCAAUUUUAUUGAGUCUAUAUUGUGAAAAAAGUUGUUUUUUUUUUUAAGUGAUGAUAUAUGUAUGUUUUUUAAGAAAGAAAAAAAAAGAAAUCAUUUUAAGGUCAAGAUCUAGUAAAUGAAAGGUGCCUGCAGGUUCAUAAAAUUUAAGAUAUAAAUUCUUUCGAUGAUGCUUCAUAACAAUAGCUUUGUUUGGCAGGGUGUACCGGGGCUAUAAUUUUUGGUAAACACAAUGAAAAAUCAUGUUUUAAACUGUCAUUUUAAAUGAAAUAUGAAGGAAUAGAGGAAGAAAUUCUGGAGUUUUGUCCAUUUUGGACAAAUGAAAUAUAUCUAGAAUGCCUACAGUCUCUCUAUGAAUGGAAUUAAACAAGCUCUUGGCCUCCUCUUUAAAAUGAUGUCAAAUUGAAUAUACGCACCGGGAUUACUUUUCCCAUGAUUUAACACAGAAUGUCAAGAAAUUGUUUGAUUUUCUACAUAAUUCCUUUAAAGCCGUAAAGUACGGGGAAAAGAUUCUUCAAAUCAAUUAUGACGUCAUAAUGGUUCUAGCACCAAAAAGACACUCUUGAAUCAUUUACUAGAUCUUGACCUUAAUAAUUAGGAGCAUUUGCAAAAGACACUCAAAAUUUAACAAGUUUGAAUUAUUUAUUUUUUGGCUAAAGGACAUCCCUUUGUAAUUUGAAUCAUAAAAAAGUGUUACAUGUAUUUACUUAGUAGGUACAUUUUUAUGUUGUAUCAAUUUAAUUGAAAAGUUUUCGCUUUUUCACUUUGCAUGGGUUAGUGUAUAUUCCACCAAGUUAAUAAAAUACAAGUUAAUGUAUCAAUUAAAAUCAAUCUUUAUUUUACUAUAAUGAAGGAUAUCAGUAGUUUGUAUUUUUGUACCACCAUUUUAGAAGGCAACAUGUUUAAAAUUAUUCUGAAAGUAUUAGAAAUACAGGUUUUUCACUUUUUUAGAUGCAGUAAUUUUUAAGAAUCUAUCAUGAAUGUUCUUCAUAAAUCAAGAAUUGAUUCAUUCCUUUUAUAUAGAAAAGCCAUAUUCACAUAUUUUAUUUAGCAUUAUAAUAUUGUUUCAAAAACAUGCCUGCUAGUGUUAUAAUUUUUUUAAUUUUUUGUUUUUUUACCAAAACACUUUGAUUCAUAUAGAUGUACAUGUAUUUCAAAACAUGGUUGUGCCAAAGCCAAAAGCAACUUAAACGUACCUUGAUUUUUAAUCGGUAUACAUUGUAUUAUCAUUAUCCAUUUAUAAUUGCAUCAUGGCAAACCAUGACCAAUUUUGUGACCCUCUUACAUAUGUAGGAGAGAGAUAUGUACAUGUAGGUUUAGUCAAUUUUAUAUUUGAGUAAUAGACUUUUAAUGUGUUGUCAUUAUAAUCAGAAAAUCAAUCCAUGCUGAAUUUUCAACACAAUGAUUUAAAUUAACACUAAAAUAAAAACUUACUGGAGAGGCCCAAUCAUAUAGGUAUUGUUAAAAAUCUUGAACUAAGUUGAUAAUAUUAUUGUAAAGCUCACUUUGUCUUGGAAUAUCUGAAAGAAAAUUCCUCACUUUUGUAUUUUUUACAUACUUUUUGUGCAUAUGAUGAACAAUUCGUUUUACACUUUAAAUGAUAUAACUGGUUUAUAUUUCAAAUGGUUGAAACACAAAUAUACUUGUAAUAAAAAGUUAUUGAUAAUA